CACAUCAAGAGAAAUUUCUGAUCUUGAAGGGCAACUCAUCUCGUUGAGAAACCACCUUUCCAACCGGGCUUCUAUAAUCCAAGGAUUAGCAGAAGGCACAAAUCUUAACUACCUGGCAGCACCAGAAGGCUUAUCGAAAGAGGAAAUCCUGAGCUUUGAAGCAAGGGAGCCUACGAAGAUAGACAAAUGGAGAGUAGAAUUCAUGGAGUCGCUUGAAGUGUUGUUGGCGGAGAGGCGCGUGGAUGAAGCAUUGGACGCAUUAGACGAAGGAGAAAGCGUGGCCAAGGAGGCGAGAGAUCGCCAAACAUUACCCCCAGCUGAUUUACAGUCCUUGCAGACCGCCAUUUUCGAACAGAGACAGAAGUUAGCGGACCAAUUGGCAGAUGCCGCGUGUCAGGCCUCGAUCAGCGGUUAUGAGCUCAGAUCUGCUGUAAUGGCGCUGAAACGCCUCGGAGAUGGCCCCCGCGCGCACACGCUCCUCCUCACAUCUCACCAGCAGAAGCUGAAGAGUAACACUCAAUCGCUCCACCCCUCCGCCGCCUCGCACGGAGUGGCGUACACGGCGGCUCUUUCGCACCUUGUUUUCUCCACAAUCGCGCAAGGAGCGAGCGAUUCCUUAGCCAUAUUCGACGAUGAACCGGCGUACUCCUCUGAGCUGGUGACGUGGUCGGUGAAUCAGACCGAGGCUUACGCUCAGCUCAUCAGGAGACACGUUCUGGCUUCUGCGGCCGCCUCUGGCGGCCUGAGAGCAGUCGCCGAGUGUGUUCAGAUCUGUUUAGGGCAUUGCUCGCUUUUGGAAGCUCGCGGGUUAUCGCUUUCGCAGGUCCUGUUGAAAUACUUCAGGCCGUGUGUGGAACAAGCGUUGACGGCUAAUCUGAAAAGGAUUGAGCAGUGUACGGCGGCGCUUGCUGCUGCGGAUGAUUGGCUACUGGUUCAUUCGCCUAUGGGAUCGCGCUCUCUGGGAGCUGCGCCUCUUGGCGCGAUGAUCUCCCAGCCUAAGCUCUCCACCAGUGCUCAUAAAUUCAACACAAUGGUUCAGGAACUAUGUGAGGACAUUAGUCCACUUGAGAGUUUAAGGCUAUCUCAUCAAGCUUUGGAGGGGAUCAUACAAACAUUUAACGUUUAUAUCAACAUGUUGAUAAACGCGUUGCCCGGGUCGAUGGAAACUGAAAACAUUGAAGGAACUGGACACAGAAUUGUAAGAAUUGCAGAGACUGAAGCCCAACAGACAGCAUUGCUAGCCAAUGCAUUGUUGUUAGCGGAUGAGCUCAUCCCACGUGCAGCCACGAAGCUCUCGCCUUGUCAUCAACAGCAGGCAAACAGAAUGGAGGAUUCGGCUAAAAGAUCCUCUGAAAGGCGUAUUCCAGAGCAGAGGGAACUUAAGCGAAGACUUCAGCGGUUAGUUGAUCAAUUACGUGACAGCUUCUGUAGACAGCAUGCGCUUGAACUUAUUUUUGGAGAAGACGGUGUGGUUCGAUUAAAUGCAGAUAUGUAUCUGAAUAUGGAUGAAAGUGGAGAAGAGCCUGAAUGGUUCCCCUCUCCAAUAUAUCAGGAACUAUUUGAAAAGUUGACAAGAAUAGCCAACAUUGCGUCAGAACUGUUCAUUGGAAGGGAAAGGUUUGCAACUAUGCUUUUGGUCAGGCUAACUGAUACUGUCAUCCUUUGGCUUUCUGAAGACCAGAACUUUUGGGAAGAAAUUGAGCAAGGUCCACGGCCUUUAGGUCCAUUAGGACUUCAGCAGGUAACCUUCCGGUGGUUAGUAGGUUACCUGCGGCAUAAACGUGAGCUAAGCGAAGCAGUGAAAGCACACAUGGCUCCCUACGUCACCAUUUAUCCUUUUCUUUUUUUUCUUCUCUUUUCCUUUUCUUUCUUUUCUUUUCCUUUCCUUUCUCCUUCCAUGUUCCCUCUUAUCCCUUCUCCACGGAGGUCAAGCCGCCUUGACUAUUAAUGUUUUACAAUGCUGUAAUUACAGUACUAAAUUUAGAUACUACGGAGUACUAAGUACUGAGUAUUAAGUUUUGUAAUAGGAUCAUACAUAUUAAACCUACUCCGUAUUGAACUGAAAAUAUUUAGCCGUCAACAGAGGAGCAAAAAACAUGCUGUAAAGAAAGGACAAACAAAAAGUGGUGCGAAAACCGGUGAUCGGGGUAGGGUAUAGCCGAAAGGAAGAACGAAAAACCAGAGUGGUCAAGUUACCAAAGGGAAAGGUGCGUCUCCUUAAGGGGUCAUCAAGGAAAAAGAAAGACUCCAUGUCUAACAAAAGCUUAAAAAAAAUGCAUCUACAAACUAUGGGCGUUCAUUCCUAAUUUUCUCAGUUGUAUCUAUGGGCUUUCAGUAAUCGGAACUUUUUUUAUUUGUUGUCUGUGAUCAAAUUGGUCCAAGAAAAUAGUUAAAUUGGAGGGAACACCACACUUUGGUAGCAUUGAAAUCGAAUGAAUGCCCUUUGAAAAUGGCAAAUGUCAAAUGCCUUCUGAAAAGAAAGACAGUGAGACGAAGUAGAGAAAAUGACAAAUGUCCCUCUUCAUCAAUGGUGGAACUGAAUCUCAAAUUCCAUCCAGAUCUCCUCCAUCUCUGGCGGCUCAACCUCUGCGUGAAGGAAAAAAAGAGCGAUCAGGGAAUGAGAAAGGAUUACCUGUGCUCAAGUAGCGUCAACAGUUUUAUUUGGAUAUGGAGUUUGUGAUUCUGUUCGCAUCCCAAGGCCGGUACUUGUCUCGAAAUCUGCACCAAGUCAUCAAGAACAUUAUAGGCAAGGCCAUUGAAGCCGUGGCAGCAAAUAAAAUGGACCCUUACAGCAUGCUGCCGGAGGAUGAAUGGUUUGCGGAUGUAGCUCAAAUCGCAAUUAAAAUGCUAACAGGAAAAGCCAACUUUGGGAAUGUGGAAAGAGAAGGCGUGGGUAGCCCCACAGCGUCAGCCAGAUCAGCAUCAUCUCCCAUUUCUCAUGGGAGUCAAUGAUAACAUUGAGCAAAGGUAGUCUUAAGACACCAUUGGUUCACUUCAGUUCGCCCAAAGCUUGUUUAUCUAUUACAGUAUCUAUUCGAUUAAAUGUCAACAUUAUUGAUUGGGGUGAUUUCGAACUUAUAACCUUUCCGUUAGGAGUGUCACAAUGUUAUCGAAUUACAAGUUGAUUGGCUCAGUUAAUGCACCCAAAGCAUGCUAGAACACUAUCUAGCUACUAUGUGCAUUAGAGCCAUUUACUUCAAAGGUAAUUAACUUGUUUUUUGUAUGGAAGAAAUAAGCUUAAAUUGAUAUCACAUCAUUCAGAUA